GGGAUGAGCCAAUCAGACUCUGGAAGAGAUUAUCCUUCCAGUGCCUUAAAAACUGUUCAAUGGGGAACGUGGACUGGGAUAGACUCUUCUGUGGUCCAAUCAUCGUCUGAGCCCCACCCCCUCAUGGACAAACGAGCCAAUCACUGCCUCGGUAGCACCCGGAAAGGGCUUGAGGCACCGUUCAGCGUGUCUGAGGACGGUGCGAGGGUCGGUGAGGGACGCACCAAGCGGCGGCAUGUCCUGGUCUCAUCUUCUCCGUGGUCUCAACCUGUCCCUAAGUCGUGGCCUGGCCCUGGUACCCCAGCUCUGCGCCACCCGCUCCAUGGCUACACUGAACCAGAUGCACCGUCUGGGGCCCCCAAAGCGGCCACCCCUGCGCCUGGGCCCCACGGAAGGCCGGCCGCAGCUGAAGGGCGUUGUUCUGCGCACGUUCAUCCGCAAGCCCAAGAAGCCCAACUCGGCCAACCGCAAGUGCUGCCGCGUCCGGCUCAGCACAGGCCGCGAGGCUGUCUGCUUUAUCCCCGGGGAGGGCCACAACCUGCAGGAGCACCACGUUGUCCUUGUGCAGGGCGGCCGCACCCAAGACCUGCCGGGAGUCAAGCUCAAAGUUGUGCGGGGCAAGUAUGACUGUGGCCACGUGCAGAAGAAGAAGUGACCAGCCAGUGCGCUGAGGCCUGGGCACCUGCAGAACAGGGACGUUCCUUGUGGGAUCUCCAGCAGGUCCUUCAAGGUCUGCUCUUCCUGUUCUAGAGGCAGCUGGUCCUGGGUUCAAAGCCCAGCUCUGCCUCUUCCUUUAGGACCAUCGUAGCCCGUGAGGUUCCCUGGGUGCUGUCAGCACCCUUGGCUUCUGUGUUUAGAGUUGGCCUGAGGGGCCUCUUCUGCCAUCACCUGGGAAGCACACAAGUCCCCCACGGUUGUGAUGCAAACCGUCCCCACCUUUGUGCAGCAUUUGCCCUCUCACUGUGGCCCUGGCAGCUACCAUCCUCUCUGGGCCUCAGUUUGCUCUUCCAAAAAAUAAUCCCAUUUGCAGUGUCCCCUCCGUUUCGUUUGGUGAAGAUUAAACUACAUGCCUCUGUGUACAGUG